AUGUAUCCGAUGUAUCAGGGAUACGGCGCCCCUAAUCAAAAUAGAGGGCCCGGAUUCCCACCUCCACAACAAAUAAAACCAGAACCGUUAGAUUGGAAUCUUGUUUCAAUAUUAGAUCCCGUAAUUAUUCAAAAAGUAAAAGAUUUUGAUUCGUUACAAAAGAUUGUGACUAAUUUUCUUGCAGCAAAUUUCACACCAAAUUGUUCUAAGAUACUUCAAAAUCCUCUUGCUCUGAGACUUUGUCAAUUAUUACAAUUAGGAUUUCAAUUUAUGGAUGAAUCUCAGCGUGAGCUUAAAAAAAUUAUCGACGAAAAUGCUGUUUACAAGCAAAAAAUGAUCAAUGCGCUAAAAAAACUCAAAUCUAAACUACAACAAACAGAAGAAAAAUUAAAGAUUAAAAGUAUUCCUUAUGACAAAUGUCCGAUAUGCUCUAAGAAGUUCAAAUCUAUAGAUUACGUUGAUAAGCACAUCAUUUCUAAACAUGAAGAAUUAUUAGAUUGUUGGGAAUGCAUAAGAGGAAGGAAGAAACCAGAAAAAGAGCCAGAAUUACAACUGGUUCUUGAAGAAAUCGCAAGAUUACGUGCUUCAAUUAAGCAAGGAAACAUUUCUACAAAUCAAAAUUCAGAAGAUCAACUAUGGAUAAAUUCAGAACAAUCACGCAAUCAAAAUGCAAGUGAGGAACUUGAUGAAGCAGCACAGACACUCAGUGAAUCCGUGAAACUCUGGAAUGAAGUAAAUAGAUUUGAUAUCUUCAAUAAACCAUCAAAUUACGUACCACCAUCUGAAAUUUCCAAUCCACAGAGACCAUUCUUUGUUGAAGAAAAGGAUAUCCAUGAAAACGAAGCAGAUGCUUUGGCGUUAUUCGCUGCCGAAGGCGGAGAAUCCCAAGAAACAGAAAAUAAUCAGGAAGAAGAAGAGGAAAUAGAUGAAUCUGAUAUCCCUCCAUCUCUAGGACUCCCUCAGGUCAAUGCAAAUCUUCAACCUGAACAACCACAAAGAUUAUUCGGUCCAAGUCCUGCAAAAGACAAAGAAAAACUCAUAAAAGCGGCCAAAAAGUUCGUUUACAAGCCACAAAAGCCAAUUCUCGAGACAGCCAAGAAAAGUGAAAUUUCAGAUUCAAUUGAUCACGUCAGGAAGCAAGCAGCAGCACAGGUCAAGCGAUUUACCAAUGCUAUUAACGGUGAUGCUAUUACACCAACGUUUGUUCGUAGAAAUAUUGCAAUUAAUGAUCCGGAUUAUGCAGAUUUAAGGAAUUAUAUACAAUCCAGGCUCGAACACGAGUAUCCAUUAUCAGGAGACAAACUAGAAUCACAGAUAGCUCCUAGAAUAUCAAAUAAUGGAGAAUCAAGGCCAAUUAACUUUAAUCUCAUUAAAACAGGAGAAUUAAAUGAUGAAAGUAGGUCAGGAGUAUUAAGUGAAAUAACAGCAUCGGAUAUCCAUGAAGAUGCCCAGGAUGAAUUACCUUCUUUCUCAUAUGAAACAUUAGAUCCGCCAAAUUCACCAACAAUUAUUUCUACAGCAGCGCCUAUCGUUGGUAUACCAAUGAAUGAACCAGAACAAACAAUUUCUAUUGUCGAAGAAGACAUUUCUCCGAAAACAGAUUCAUCCAAUGAUUAUUCUGAUACAGGAGGGCUUUCUGAUAUGCCAAAUCCACCACAUGAUAUGUUUAACGCCUCAGAUCCACUGAAAAAUCAACAAAAUGUUGAAAACAAACAAAAUUCUCCUCAAAUUAAACAAAACCUUGAUGCAAAACCACAAGUUAUUGAACAGAAACCAAAGAUAAUAGAAACUAAACCUAAACAAGAAGAACUAAAGCCAAAAAUCGAAGUUAAACAGAAUUCACCAGAAAUUAAACCAAAAGUUACAGAAAAUAAACCUAAACAAGUUGAAUCUAAGCCUAAACUUGAAGAACUUAAACAAAUUAAGCCUAAGAUUGAAGAAAAGAAGUCAAAUGUGGUUACUCAAUUUGAUAUUAGGCCAGAUAUUAAACAGAACGAGCCAAUUAAGCAGAAUGUUGUUCCAGAAGAAACAAAUAUGACAUUUGACGAUGCUCCUCAUGAUUCUUUGCUUGAAUUAGAACAAAUUUUCAAACCAAAGCAAAGUCCUGAAGAAAACAAAAACAUUGAAGAUCAAAACAACUCAUUGUUAUUACAAUCUAAUGUUUUAGAAGAACUGUCAUCUGGAUCUCAUAGCGAAAACGAAGAUAUCACUUCAAUUUCACAAAACGAGCAAAUUCAGAAUCCAAGUUUCUUCUCACCUAUCCAGAAGAAGCAAACAGAAGUCAAUGCGCAUAUUUCUGUCUCCAGUAUCCUUCCAAAACCUAAAACAGAAAAAAAGAAGAAAGAGAAAGUUCCACAAAUCAAAACGGACCUUGACAAUGUCUUAGAAACCAUCUCUAAAUCACCACCUUCAAAGUCAUCAUCAUCAGAAAGCGAAGAAUUCUCAUCAAAGCCUGAACCAGCGAAACAGAAACCUCCUUCUAUACAAAUCACAAACGAAGUUAGCAUUGAUUCACCUCUUCCUCCGAAGAAGGACAUUUUGAUGACUCCACCACGUGUUUUGCCUGUCCAAAAGAGGAAAACUCCUCAACAGUUACCUAUUCUUCCAGUCCAAGAUGACGAAGAAUUUACAUUCGAAGAAUCACCAGGAAACUCUCCCGUCAGAAACAAUUCAUCAUCAUUUAUUAACACAUCAUCACCGAGACCACAUGUCUCUAUGUCUCCAUCAGCUAUGUCGCCCACUAAACGACGUAAAAUCAUUGUUGUUCAUGAAGAUAUUCCCGCCGAACCAUCAUCCGACAUCAAUCUCGAAAUCAGUGAUUUCCACGAAGAAAUUUCUCGACGAGAAGAUUCAAGCAUGAUUGAAGGCAGCUUCACCGAAGAUCUUGCACGUGUUGAAUCAGUCAACGACAUUGUUUUUCCAGUCUCUCCAUCCACGAAAAAGAAAAAUUCUCCACCAAAGAAUUCAUCACCUCAACAGAAAAGGAAAUUGUCACCUCGAAGACAAAUCGAAGCUUCAAAAUCAGAUAUUAGCAGUAUCGAUUUUAAUUAUCAUGAUGAUCAUUCUAGCAGCGGAUCUCUUAGUGAUGAUGGCUCAUUCAAUAUCACCGAAGAAUUGCGUAAAUUGGACGAAUGCCAUAAAAAGAACGAAAUUGAAGAUAUUGCAUCAAAUUUAUUCAUCAAAUCACCACCCGUUCCACAGCCUAAAUCAAGAUUAUCUUCAAAACAAGUCGUUCAAUUGACAGAACAACCAUCUGACGACCAAAGCUCAUUCUUGUUAAAGAAUCGAGUUCUUCUUGGUGUCAAAAAUUCAACAAUUGAUGAUGAAAGUACUGGAUUUUCAUUACUUAAUGAUAAACAGCAGGAUUCAAAACAUAUCAGAAGAUCGAAGAAAACUAAACAACAGACAUUCGGAAAAUGA